AUUACUGUAUUCUAGUGUAACGUUAAUUAAAAGUGUUUGUUUUGACAAGAAACGCUGUGAGAUUUAAAGACUCGUAGUCUUUCAUUUCCAACACCACCCUCAACACCACCCCUCCCACGGACGGACGGACGGACGGACGGACACAUUAAUCUAUUGGUGGUCUGGUCCACUUCGUUCCGACCAGUAAUAGGACUUUUCUCAUAUAGCAGCCUUCGCGAUUCGCGAAUCGCGUCGUCUACAAUCGACGAAUCGAUUCGGAAUCGAUUCGUCGUUUCCGCUUCCUGCCCUGACCGCUGCUGCUGGCACGUGGCGCGAAUUUUGGCGCUUCCAACGUCGGCGAUGAGCUCGCAGAUGGACGUCGUGGCGACGUCUCUGCCUCCUCCUCCUCCCCCCGAGUCGACGGGAAGGAGCUACCUGGCCGAGCAGGAGAUGGAGCAGGAGGAGGUGCAGGGGGGAGCGGACGAGCCCGUGGCAGCGGCCGCCGGGGUGGAUGUCCCCGGCGUGCGGGGCCAGGGUGGCCAGGCUGAGCUGGGGUCCACGCGACACUGCGCCGGAGGAAGAUCGUGGAGAGAAGCAGAGACACAGAAAGAAGUACUAAGUCAUCUCAAGCAAGCGACGAAGCCGGGGGACUCUCCUCUCGUGCAGCAGCAGUUUGACACGCAGAGGCACGGCGUCCGACAGAUCCUGGAGGGCAUCCGCAUCGGGACUCCGCGUCUCAAGCGGCUGCUGCUGUGCGAGGUGGACAUCGUCUACGAGUGCCAGCUGUGCCGCAGCCUCUUCCGGUGCCUUCCCAACCUCGUCGUGCACCGGCAGUUCUACUGCCACCCCUACGCGUGCACAGAAGACGACACCAACAACAGCCACCGCCACCACCGGGACACCCUUCCCGAACCGGCACGGCCGCAGGAGCAGCCCGUCGACUUCGUCGUCCGGCCGGACCCCAUCGCCAGCAACCGCAGCGCCGCCGUCUACCAGGAGGCCCACGCCGUGGCGGCUGAGCCCGGCUGCCAGGGCCCGUCGGGCGCCGCCCCCGUCGACUCGACGAAGGCCAAGGAGGCCGGGCCCCGGCCGAAGACGUCGCCGCCACUCUCGCCGGGCUACUUGUGCGCCGCGUGCGGCAAGAGCUUCCGGCAGCUGCGCGACUGGUGGCGCCACGUCCGCGUGGCGCACGAGAGGCUCGAUGGGGAGGCGACCGGCUACUCCGACACGGACGACGACCGCGUGCCCUGCCCCAUGUGCCGCAAGAGCUUCGCCACCAAGGGCAACGUGCGGCGGCACUUCCGCGCCGCGCACCGCGGGGUCGAGUGGGAGGACGCGUGGAAGGCGUUGGGGUCUCGCCGCCCGGCGGCACACCGAGAUCCUCGAGUGGAUCUGCCCGAUAUGCAAACAUAAGCGCGGGUCGCUGGUCGCGAUUGAGAGCCACCUGCGGCUCUGCCAAAAGCAGAACGACUUCACGAUCGAGGAAACCGCCGGCACGACGGCGUCGGUGGCCACCACGCCGACGACAACGAUGGCUCCGACGUACUAGCACGACGAACGCGGGAAGGCUUACGCCAAGAAGACCUUCCUGGAUAACCACAAGCUGGUGCACGUGUGGAGGGGCAGAAAGGCUGGGCGGAAUACAGUGGCGGCGACGGUGAACCUUGGCGGCCGGCGACGGAGCGGCUGGCGCUAAGUUUACGUCGAUAAGCUGAACGAGCAAAAAAAAAAAAAUUCCUCCACGUCCCAUCGGUCGCACCAGCCUUUCUGGGAGUGCAUGAUUUUAGCAGCGUUGUUUCAACACAAGCAAUCUCCGGUUUUAGCAUUCAAAGUAUCAUCAGCAGUCGGGCUUGUUUGAACCGAUUGUUACGGAAGGGCAUUAAAACAAUAGUAAUGUGCAUGUGUCCGUGCACUUGCUCCACGAGAUCUAAUUUCUCUCGAGCGGGCCACGUCACCCCCCACGCGUGGUGGCAAAGUGGGGCAAUUUAAGCGCCCGUGAAAAAAAACUUGAGCGUGGGGGUCGGAGGCGUCUGAUUUUAGCGUCGAGGAAGGAAGGCUCGUGUUGCGGGACACGGCGCCGGGAGGGAGAAAGGGUCCCGUGGCCGUGGCUAACGACAGAGUGGCGGCCACAGGAGGAAAAACACGCCCCGUGUGUGCAGGAGCAAGGUGGGCGGUUUAAUCACAAGGUCGCGCGGGGGAUGACGACGGCUUGGGGAGACCCUCACUCGGCAGUGGAUAGCUCGUGGCCGAAGAAGUCAAUGAUGGAAAUUAGCGAAGCUUCAGUCUCGCAUUGGACAGCAAGGGACGGUCACGGCGCAUGCCAGGGGUUUGGUGAUACACUUCGCCAGGCGAUUCCACCAUUGGUCAUCAUCCACAGUUGUGGUUUAAUUCAAGAAGGUAAUGACUCAAUUGGGAUUACACAGAGCUCAUCAUCGCCAUCCCCCACCCCACCCACCUCAC